AUGUCAGAGGCAUUAGGUGAAGAAUAUUACCCAGCUUUUGCUCCCUUUUUAGGAUUUGCUGGUUGUGCAGCAGCAAUGAUGUUAUCUUGUGCUGGAGCAGCCAUUGGAACAGCAAAAUCAGGUAUUGGUAUUGCUGGUAUCGGUACUUUUAAACCAGAAUUGAUUAUGAAAUCAUUAAUCCCUGUUGUUAUGUCCGGUAUUUUAUCGGUUUAUGGUUUAGUUGUAUCUGUUUUAAUCGCUGGUGGAUUAUCACCAACUGAAAAUUAUUCCUUGUUUAACGGAUGUAUGCACUUGGCUUGUGGAUUGGCCGUUGGAUUCGCCUGUCUUGCAUCAGGUUAUGCAAUUGGGAUCGUUGGUGAUGAAGGUGUAAGACAAUUCAUGCACCAACCUCGAUUAUUCGUUGGAAUAGUCUUGAUUUUGAUUUUCGCAGAAGUUUUGGGGUUAUAUGGUAUGAUUAUUGCAUUGAUUUUAAACACCAAAGGAAGUGGUUAG